GUGAGAAGCGAAGAAAGAGAGGGGAGGUAAUCGACUUAGCAACAGGCGUAAAUAAAUAAGUUUCAGUGAAGUUGUUAUGUUGUUAAUAUCCUCCGUUGGCAAAACAUAUUUAGACUAAAUGUGGACUAAAUUUCUCAUUGAAAUGACAAAUAUACGACAUUUUGACGCUAUGAACAUAUUCCUAUAUUCCGGACACAAAGUUUAUAAGUAAUUACCUUAUUCUACCUUAAUUAUGAUGGAUGAAAUUGAGGAAACCCCUCACAAACCUAAAAAGGAUUCGUUUCAACUGGAAUUGGAAGCCAAAAUGGAGGAAAGGCGCGGUCGUGGUUUUGGUGCGGGAUUUUCUCCCAGAGAUUCCAAUAACAGUUCCUACAGCAAAGACGAAGAUAAUUUACCUCAUGUGGGCAUGGACAAGCACAAGGCAAUGUCUGGAAUUGAGUCGAAGCAGAAAUCCUUCAAUUUUAACGAUACUUUGAGGUUUGAUUCUACAAGAUCUAUAUUUGACAAACAUGCAAAUAUAAUUAACAAAACAUCGGAUACAGAUUUCUCAUUAAAAUCAAACCAGUACAGAAGCCCUUUGCGGUCGAAUGACAUCUCUGGGAGAAAUUCUGAAAUGAAACGUUCUCUCUGGAGAGAUUCUAACAUUGAAGAUGUUUUAAAUAGCUCAACCGAUUCUACACAGACGAAAAAAGAAUUCCAAUCAAACAGGUUAGAGAUGUUACCAGAACAUUCUUUAUCCAGGAAAGGUACAGAUCUAUCAUCCAGUGAAGACCAAUCCUUGUUAGCUGAGUCAUUGCAGAGCUGUUCUGAAACAGAUCUUCCACGACACAGAUUUCUGAAAAGUACCAAAACCAUGCAAGAAGCAAAGAAUGAUAAAAGAGAGACAACAGCUACACCUUCUCCAAUACCAACACCAAGAAUUCAUAAAACAGAUUCUGUUUCUUCUCCCGCCAAUAAAAAUUCUAAACCAAGUAAAAGUUUAUCCGAUAUUCUUGGAGAAAAUGGCUUUUCUGAAGAACCGUUUCUUGAAACAAGCAAUCAGAAGUCAAAAUAUAAUUCCUUACAAAAGCUAGAUGAGAGUAAUGAAGACGACAUCAACAGUAGCUUACGAGAAGAGCCUGGCGCUUUUAAGACGAAAGAUUCUAUCUCUGAGAGUCAACGAGAAACUCUUGAAGCAGAUGCAGAAGAUAAAGCGCCAAAGAAGAAAUUUUCUAACUAUUAUGACGACGAUGAUGAUGAUGAUAUCCUUUCGAGUUUGCUCAAACGUAAAAGCAGUAAAGCAGAAGAAACAGUUCAGAAAAUGGCUGGAUCUGUUGAAAAUGAAAAAGGGGCCACAGAAUAUCAAGAAGAGAAUUUCAAAUCAGAGAACCAUUUUAACGACAACAAUUCAGAAGAGAGAAGUGAAAUCUCCAAGAAUGGUGCCACCGCAUUAUUAGAUGGUUCCAGUAUUGAUAUUGACAAACCAAAAGUGAAGCCUCGUAAGCAGAGACGACAAUCAGAACAGUCUGAGAGAACCCUUAGUCCAAACAACCAACAGGAAGACUUUGCACAGUUAGCUGAUCUAUUAAGUGAGGACACAAAGAGAAAAGAGUCUGUUUCGAAGGAAUUACAACCCCAAUCUCUCCAAACCCAAAAAACAAUUUCCAAUGUCGAAACUAAAACCAAAACCAAACAAAAAGACACCAAAAUAUCCUUUGAAGAUCCACCAAAGGAAUCGGAUGUAACCCGACUCCGUGAAGAAACCUUUAAGAAGUGGCGCCAAGUGAAGGAUAAGAAGAUUAAGGAGAUACAAAAGCAAAAAGAAAAAGACGAAGUAAAGAAAAUAAACGAACAAAAAGAAAAGCUGUCUGUUGCCACGGUGUCAUUUAAUGUUUGGAAACAACAGAAAGAUCCACUUCUAAAGACAAAGUUGAAACUGGAAAAGCAAAAGGAAGAGGAAAAAAAGAAAAAAGAAAAUGAAGAGAAAAUUAACAAAAUCCAAGGAGCAAAAGAAUGUUUUAACGCUUGGAAAGAAAGUAAGGACAAAAUUUUGAAAGAGAAAUGGAAAAGUAAACAAGAAAAUGAACGUUUGAAGAUGCAGAAAGCGAAUGAAGAGAAAUCCUGGAAAGAGAAAAAGAAUACAGGUGCCUUUCUUAUCUGGAAACAGAGAAAGGAAAAUAUUCUUCACGAGGCAAAGUUGAACCAAAAGCAAAAGUUGGAAAUGACACUGAAAGAAAAAGAGACGAUCAAGCUAGAGAAAGAAAUGUUGAGUUACGCAAGUUAUAAGCAGUGGUUGAUACGAAAGCAGGAAGAAAACGAGAAAGAAGCGACAUCAAAGAAACAACAGCAAAACAUGAAUUACUUUGAACCGAAAUUAGCUUGGAGACCUCCCAGUCGAACUAUGAAAUGGACUUAGUAAUACAAGAUAUACUUAAGCAGUAGACUCAAUCCUUGUGCCUUGAUGGAUGAAAUUAUAAAAGAAUGCCAUUUCUAGAUGAGUGAUGAGCCAAUGAGGAAAAUGUGAAUAUAACCAAACAAGAAAAAUAUUGGACAGAAAUGGGGAAGAAAAAAAAAAAGCUUUUUUUUGUGUUUUUUUUUUUAAAAGACGCAUUUUUUUUUUUUAAUGCGUCAAACCUGAACCGUUUUUUUAAAGACAACUGUGGUCAAAAGUUACUCAUUCCAGGAGCUGAAGAAUGUGAUGGUGUAACAUGGGGUUAUUGGAAAUGUAAGAAAUAAAAAUAGAUUUCUGUUUGUUUGCCACGAAAAAGACAUCGUAAAAGACUCGUAUGACACACGUAUAACUGAUGCACACACACACACACACAUAUAUAUAUAUACACUCACAAGGUUUAUAUUCACUCUUAUAACACAAUCAUACUUCAUGUACUUUUAUACACACUCACACUAGAAGAGGCAUAUAUAUUCACGUUACACAAUUAUGCUUCACAUACAGUUUCACAUAUUUCAACACAAGAAUUAUGUAUAUUAAGUAUAUAUAUAUAUAUAUAUACACACUCAUAUAGCACAUUUACACUUCAUGUACUUUUAUACACACUCACACAAGAAGAGGUAUAUAUUCAUGUAUCACAAAUAUGCUUCACAUACAGUUUCACAUACAUUCACACAAAAAGUGUAUAUCCUUUCACAUGGCACAUUUGCACCAGACACUUACACAUGCACAUCACAAGGAAACCUAUUUAUACUUGAUAUCCGCACAUACAUACUUCACUCACCCAAUAAAGAGUGUAUAUAUUCUUUCACGACACAUUUACACUCAACAUUCAUGCAUUUCCCAAACAUAUACACAUUGCAUCAUUCAACAGGAAAGGCAAGAGGAGGGAAAAAAAAAAAAAGAUCUCAAAUACAUUUUGCUUCAUGUGAAGAAGACAUGGAGCGAAGAAGAUCAGUGGAAGUAAGUCAUUAAAUAUGGUUUCAAAUUUUGCACUCCUGGGAUGAGGCUUGAACAAGGCAAUAAAAAUGAUGGAAAUAAAUAUGAGAUUUUAAAAUUAAAUUUUAUAGAUAUAU